UGUGCCACCUUGUUAAUCGAUUGUCUGCACGUAUGUUUGAAUAGGUUUUUAUGGUGCUGAAAAAGAAUAAACACCAAGUAUCGUUCCUGCACCUUUAUCACCAUGUUAUGAUGGCUGUGGCUACCUGGCUGUGCGUUAAAUACAUGCCAGGUGGACACGUGGCGUUCUUUGGGACCAUCAAUGCAUUUGUCCACGUGGUCAUGUACUUUUAUUACUUUCUCACCAGCUACGAUGUAUCCUACAAGAAAUCGAUCUGGUGGAAGCGGCACAUCACGGAAAUACAGUUGAUACAAUUCAUUGUGUUAGUUGCUCAGCAAGGAUAUGCCAUUAUCAGCCCUUCCUGCGACUACCCAAAAUAUCUGCUGAUAUUCUUCCUCAUUCAGGCUGUGCUGAUGAUUUAUCUCUUCUCUGACUUUUACCUCAAAGCCUACGUAAUGAAAAAUAAAGCGAAAAAAAACGUGAUGAUUGUAACAUUGGGCUGGAACUUUUCACACUUAGCCUUUACUAUUGGUCCCUACAAGCAGAUGGUCCUACACACCAACACCAUCCUCCAUCCUCCAUCGGUGCUUGUUAUGGAGGACUGCAACGCACUACGCCACUCCUCGCCUCCCGCACAUCUGCCGACACAGUUAGCCACUUCGAAGACUUGA